CUUGCGUACCAUGGUACCAUCUCUGCCCUCUCUUCCUUUACAACGCUUGCACGCUUGUCACGCACGGGAAAUUGACUUGUGCUUUCAAGAAAACCUUCUUGCUGCGUGUUUGCGAACAUGCUGUUCUACUCGUUUUUCAAGUCCUUGGUCGGCAAGGAUGUCGUUGUUGAGUUGAAAAACGACUUGAGUAUGUGCGGAACUCUACACUCAGUGGACCAGUAUCUCAACAUAAAGCUAACAGACAUCAGUGUCACUGAGCAGGACAAAUAUCCUCACAUGCUCUCUGUCAAGAACUGCUUCAUAAGAGGUUCCGUUGUGCGUUAUGUUCAGCUGCCAGCAGAUGAAGUGGACACACAAUUGCUCCAAGAUGCUGCUAGGAAAGAGGCCUCGCAAAGCAAGCCAUGAGUAGAUGCACAGACAUAUGGAACAAGCAGUGUUACCUUCAUCUCCUUGUUUUCGUCAUUUGAAGUCUUCAUGUGUUGUCACUAUGAUGUGUGGAUAGUUGGUUUUGUUAUCUGCUUAGGCAUCUUGUAAAUAGGAAAUCAAUAAAGUAAACCUGAUGCAUGGAGCU